UGCUGUUGCCCGCCGGACGGCUGCAUCCGUACCUCUGGGUGGCGGAGGGCGAGGCGCGGGGCGCGAUGCCGAAGGGCGGAGUGCUGUUGUUUCUGUGGUGGUUUUAAUUCAAGAGGUGUGCUGACGCUUUGUCCGCUUUUCUCUUCGGCCUCCUCCAGCCUGGGAGCCCGGCGUGCGUCGGAGGAGCGGACCGUUGUGCCCUAGCGGGCGGCUGGGUACUCACAGCUGCUUCUGCGGGACACAGCACGGCUCAGCUCCUGUCUUCAACGGCAUGGAAGAAAGUGGUCUUAACUGCACUGGACACAGCUGGAUACAGCAACUCAUCCCUACUGACUGCACAGACCACAUAUUCUACUGAAAUAAGCAACUGCAACAAUGUGUUCUCCUACGCCCAAGAACUGAAGAUACAUAGGACAAUGCUCAGUGUAUACCCUGGUGACAUUUUGCAUGCUGUCACAUGGUUUUUACCAUGGCAUCUGAGACUGAAAAGGCCCAUGCUCUUCUCCAGACUUUCAGCGCAGCUUCAGUUAUUUCUAGUCUAGGUUUGGGAGUAUUCUGCUUUGCAGCAGACAGACUUCUGCAGGUUUCCUUCAUUCAGCAGAAUGACUGGCUCCGAGCCUUCUCUGAUAAUGCAGUGCACGGCAUACUGGGCAUGUGGUCCUGGGCCAUAGUGAUUGGACUCAGGAAGAAAAGUGACUUCCCUGAAGUUACGCUGGCCGGCUUCCUUGCCUCUGUCAUUGACGUGGACCACUUCUUACUUGCUGGCUCCCUGUCGUUAAAGGCUGCUCUGAGUCUUCCCCGGAGACCAUUCCUUCAUUGUUCUACUGUGAUUCCUGUUGUGGCUCUGACAUUAAAGCUUAUUAUGCACCUUUUUAGGCUUAAGGACUCAUGGUGCUUUCUUCCUUGGAUGUUGUUUAUAUCCUGGACUUCUCAUCACAUCCGUGAUGGGAUUCGUCACGGCCUCUGGAUCUGCCCAUUUGGAAAAACUCCUCCUUUGCCAUACUGGCUCUAUGUGGCAAUUACAGCGUCUUUACCUCAUCUAUGCUCCUUUAUUAUGUAUUUAACGGGAACUAGAGAAUUAAUGUCUAUAAAACAUGGAAUCCACAUUGAUGUAUAAGGAUGAUGUAUCUUAGUCUUCUGUAACACACUUGAAACAGGCCGUGCUUGUCACUGGAAUGGUUUCCUUACGUUUCCUGCAAGUUCCAAGUCAGGCAUUUGAAGCCAGUAGAGCUCCUAUGUCAGUUCCUUGUGAUCACAGUAACUUGUUCCAUAGAUGGCAUUAACAUUUCGUAUCUGUACAUUCCGCUUGUAAAUUACCUGGUCUUCCAUUACUAGUCAUAUAUAGCUAGCUUCUGAUGAAGUACUGAUUAAUGAAGUACUUAAUAUCACUGUAGUAAUUACACUAUAUUUUGCUGGUGCUGUUCAUUUGAUCACCAUACAUUCUGGAUUUGGAGUCUGCCUACAUUUCAUCUAGAUAGCAUUUGUAUUGUACUUUAAAAAUGAAAAGUUAUAUAUAGAUGCUAAGUACUUGAAUUUGGUAGUUUAUCACACUUCUGAAAAACACCAUUAGGCUUUUGAAGUAAGUUAUUUGUUUUCCUGCUGGGCCCUGGUAUUCAGCAGUUUUAAAAGAAAUGCUAUUUCUAUUUCAGAACAUGAAGCUGUGGGUCUACAUCAAUUUGAACACUAUUAUAAUACAGUGUUUAUAAUAAAUUCUGUUCCACUGUUGUUACUUGACCCAGUUUGCAGACAGUUACUGGCUGCUAAUAAUUAGAAAGGGAGAGGACAGUGGUUACAUUAUUAUAUGUGUCAACUGAAGUGCUUAAUUUAAAAUAUAUUAAUUAUGAAUACUUAAAUUGGAGGUAGGGAAUUUAAGCAAAUAUUUAAGGCGUAUGUAGGGGAAACUUGCUUGUUAUAGUAAAACGUAAGCUUUAAGUAAGAUUCUGGAAGUUGCAAGAAAAUAAAAAUCGCUUCAAAUUUUGACUAAA